ACUACUACUACUACUACUACUACUACUACUACUACUACUACUACUACUAAAACCACCACUACUACUACUACUAUUAACAGACAACAUUACCUAUUGAAGGGAUGAGGGGUGCUGUAGCUUUGCUGGUGUUUCUGUUCUGUCUGUUUGGGGCAUGGGCCAAGGGAGAGAGUGGAGAAGGGAUUGACCAGAAUACUCCAUUCCUUACCCUUGACCAUCUAUGGGAUGAGAUUAAGAUUCUGAAAACUACACUCGACACCACAAUAAGAAGAGUGGAUAGGGUGGAGAAAAAUAAUGAAGUCCUGGAUGCCAAAUUGAAAGCCAGUAAGAUCAAGUUGGAGGAACUGACGAACACGACAGCAGCCUUGAAGGACAGACUGAGUUCACGUGAGAGGCAGGUAGCUGAACUGGAGAAAGAGAAUGCAGGCCAAUCAGUAGAAUUGUCAGCCCUGGAAACCAGAGCGACAGCCAAUGAGAAUCAGGUGGAGGAACUGAAGAAAGAGAAUGCAGAUCAAGCAGCAGAACUGUCAGCCUUGGGUGCCAGAGUUACAGGCAGUGAAACCCAGGUGGAGAAACUGAAGAAAGAGAAUGCAGCCCUGGAGACCAGAGUGACAACCAAUGAGAGACAGGUGGUGGAAUUGAAGGAAGAGAAUGCAGCCCAAGCAGCAAAGGUGUUAGUCUUGGAGACCAGAGUGACAGACAGUAAGAGUCAGGUGGAAGAAGUGAAGAAAGAGAAUGCAGCCCAAGCAGCAGAACUGUCAUCCUUGGGUACCAGAGUUACAGCCAGUGAGACUCAGGUGGUAGAACUGAAGAAAGCAAAUGCAGGCUUGGACAACAGAGUGACAAUCAGUGAGAGCAAGCUGGAGGAACUGAAGAGAAUUAUUGCAGACAGAACGAAUGUGGCCUUCUCUGUUGGUUUGACUAACUCAGGAUUUGUGGGACCCUUCAACUCAGGGAAAACUCUGGUCUACAAAAAAGUAUUCACCAACAUCGACAAUGCUUACGACACAACCUCAGGCAUCUUCAGAGCACCAGUGAAAGGAGUCUACUACUUCAGAUUCACCGCCAUGGGACGAAAGUCUAAUCAGAAAUUUGGUGUGUACUUGACCAAAAAUGGACAUCUGCUGCUACACAACGUCCAGGACAACUUCAAUGGUAGUUACCAGUACAUAUCAGGUGCCCUGAUUCUGCAGCUGGAGAAAGGUGAUCGUGUGUACAUGGAGCUUCCCCGGGGGUAUGGGCUGUUUGAUGACUCGUCCAACCACAACAUCUUUAGUGGCUUCUUGCUCUUCCCCACCAACCCAGCUAUGGUCCUACACCACUAAAGUCCUUAUGUCCCUCCCGAACCCUGUACUAAAGUGCACCCACAUGAAGUCCCUAAGUCUUUUGUAGUCAGGAAUAAUUGAUAAUUAGUUGAUACAAUUAGCCAUCCAAAAAAUUUAAGCCAAUUUUAACUUUUAAUAGUAAUCAUCUUGUGAUUGUUUGUAUUAUGGCUGCUGUAACUAAUUUCCCCUUGGGUUUGAAUAAAGUAUCAUCACCUCUCUCUUUCA